AAGGCAGCGUGCAAGGAGACUCUCCCUCAGAGGCAAGAUGACGAAGCUCACGCUGCUCGCCGGUCUGCUCUUCGUGCUGACCGCUGAGCUAGGCUCAGCCUACCACCUGACAUGCUACUUCACCAACUGGGCCCAGUACCGGCCUGGCCUGGGGCGCUUCAAGCCUGAUGACAUCGACCCUUGCCUCUGUACUCACCUGAUCUAUGCCUUUGCUGGGAUGAGAAAUAACGAGAUCACCACCAUCGAAUGGAACGAUGUCGAGCUUUACCAAGCUUUCAACGGUCUGAAAAACAAGUAAGUGUUGAAAGAACUGAUAUUCAAAACCUUCAUAAGAACCAUUUAUAUAGGGCCUCCCUGGUGGUUCAAGGAGUUAAGUCUCAGCAGUAUGAAGCUAUCAGGAGCCACUGAAGAACAAACCUUCAUUGCCUCCGUCAUCAAAUUCCUGCGCCAGUAUGAGUUUGAUGGGCUGGACUUUGACUGGGAGUACCCCGGUUCUCGCGGGAGCCCUCCCCAGGACAAGCACCUCUUCACCGUCCUGGUGCAGGAAAUGCGCGAAGCUUUUGAGCAGGAGGCCAAGCAGGUCAACAAGCCCAGGCUGCUGGUCACUGCUGCUGUGGCUGCUGGCAUCUCCAACAUCAAGUCUGGCUAUGAGAUUCCCCAGCUGUCCCAGUACCUGGACUUCAUCCAUGUCAUGACCUAUGACCUCCAUGGCUCCUGGGAGGGCUACACUGGAGAGAACAGCCCCCUCUACAAAUAUCCAUCUGACACUGGCAGCAAUGCCUACCUGAAUGUGGAGUACGCCAUGAACUACUGGAAGGCUAACGGGGCUGUAACUGAGAAGCUCAUCGUGGGAUUCCCAACUUACGGACACACUUUCCUCUUAAGCAACCCAGCCAACAAUGGAAUUGGUGCUCCGACCACUGGCCCUGGCCCCGCUGGGCCCUACACCCGGCAGUCUGGGUUCUUGGGUUACUAUGAGAUCUGUACCUUCCUGAAGAAUGGCGCCACCGAAGUGUGGGAGGCGAGUGAGGAAGUUCCCUAUGCUUACAAAGGCAAUGAGUGGCUUGGAUAUGACAACAUGAAGAGCUUCAAAAUCAAGGCUGAAUGGCUGAAGAAGAACAACUUUGGAGGUGCCAUGGUCUGGGCCAUUGAUAUGGAUGACUUCACAGGCAGUUUCUGCAAUCAAGGCAGAUACCCUCUGAUCAAUACCCUGAAGGAUGCCCUCGGUCUGCAGAGUGCAAGUUGCAAAGCCCCCAGCCAGCCCAUCGCUCCCAUCACAGAGGCUCCCAGCUCAGGCAGUGGCAGUAGCGGCUCUGGGAGCGCCAGUGGCAGCGGGGGGAGCUCCAGUGGCAGCGGAUUCUGUGCCAGCAAGGCCAAUGGCCUGUACCCUGACUCCACUGACCGCAAUGCCUUCUACAACUGUGUGAAUGGACAGACCUACGUUCAGCACUGCCAGGCUGGCCUUGUCUUCGACCCUUCCUGUUCCUGCUGCAACUGGUAAUAUUUGCCAGAUACCACCUCACUCAUUCCACCUCGGAAAUUGUACA